AGUCUGUUUCACACUCUCCAGAGGUUUUCCGCGGUUAAGCUUUCAUUUUAUCGUUAAACGCGGUUAAGUUAUACUCUCUCAGGACAUAAAUUUAAGGUCAAAAGGGCUCGUCCACUUGUGCGUUUCAUUCCGAGCUUCUUUCUUCAAUCUCCUCGAAAUUUUCAUAGCCCCAAUUCCAAGACAGAUCUAUUUCUUUGAGAAUCAAUUGAACUAUUGGUUUUGUAUCAGGUUUUGAGGGUUGUGGAGCUAAUCUUGCUGCUUUUGAACCCACAAUGCUGAAGGAGACUGGAUACUAUGACAUCUUGGGAGUCGGUACGGGUGCAUCUUCAGCGGAGAUCAAGAAGGCUUACUACAUCAAGGCAAGGCUAGUUCACCCAGAUAAAAAUCCUGGAGACCCAAAAGCUGCUCAUAAUUUCCAGGUACUUGGGGAGGCUUAUCAAGUUCUGAGUGAUCCUGAGAAGCGUGAAGCUUAUAACAAAUAUGGAAAAGCUGGAGUUUCACAGGAUUCCAUGGUGGACCCUUCAGCUGUUUUUGGGAUGCUGUUUGGGAGUGAAUUAUUUGAGGAUUAUAUCGGGCAACUUGCAUUGGCGUCUUUGGCAGAAGUUGAAAUUGACGAGUCACAGGUUCCUGAAGUUCGUAUGCAAAAAGUUCAGGAGAAGAUGAAGACUUUGCAAAAGGAGAGGGAAGCAAAGCUUAUACCAAUACUGAAAGAUCGCCUUCAACCGUUUGUCAAUGGUCGGACUGAUGAGUUCGUGGAAUGGGCCAAAUCUGAAGCCCGCCGUCUUUCGCAUGCUGCUUUUGGCGAGGCUAUGCUGCAUACUAUUGGUUAUAUUUACACCAGGCAAGCUGCAAGAGAAAUUGCAAAGGACAAGCGGUAUAUGAAGGUUCCAUUUUUAGCAGAAUGGGUACGAGAUAAAGGACACAAGAUCAAAUCUCAAGUUAUGGCAGCCUCAGGUGCUGUGUCUUUAAUACAGAUACAGGAGGAGCUGAAGAAGUUGAACGAAGGAGAAAACAAAGAAGAGAAUAUACUAAAAACCAUUGAAGAUAAGAAAGAUGUGAUGGUUAAUUCCCUUUGGCAGAUUAAUGUGGUGGAUAUUGAGACGACUUUAUCAAGUGUUUGCCAAGCAGUUCUUAAAGACCCUAGUGUUCCAAAGGAUGUUCUCAAGCUGCGGGCCAAAGCAAUGAAGAAGUUGGGAACAAUUUUCCAAGGUGCAAAGGCCAGUUAUAGCAGAGAAAACAGUUUGCGCCAUGAGACUGCCAUGGUUUAGAUGGUGUGCUAUGAUUCAAGUGGAGAAAAUUUGAUACCUGCUUCAAGUUUGGAGUUGUAUGCUGUGUAGGUUCUUUGUACUUGCUGUUUGUUUGAUCUUUUGAAUGCUUCAUGUGUAUGUUAAAAGCUUGGUACAAUGCUUGCAACUCUGAUUGUACAGUUUGACUUGCUCACUUGAUUUGCCACUAGCUGUAAAUAUCAUGGGUACUAAGAUUCAAGUUUUUUGUUUUUGUUGUUGUUGUUAUUUUGACCCGCUCCAACACAAACCCGUCAGAUUUUAAUUGAGAAAUUUAUUGGGCUUUAUU